AGGAGAAGAGGGGCUGUCAAUAUCCGGUGUGAAUAUCACAAAGAGAAACAGCAAGAAGGAGCGGUAGUAAGAACAAGAUGUGUGAUUUCGCCGAAGAUCAGAUUGCCGAAUUCAAAGAGGCAUUCCACCUCUAUGACCGGAUUGGUGAAGGUAAAAUUGGCUACAGCCAGUUUGGUGAUCUCUUGCGUGCUCUUGGCCAGAAUCCAUGUAAUGCUGAAGUCUUAAAAGUCCUUGGGAACCCAAAGCCUGAAGACAUGAAUGUGAAAACGCUGGAUUUUGAGCAGUUCCUUCCUAAGCUUCAGGACAUUGCAAGAAACAAGGAACCAGGAACAUUUGAAGACUUUGUUGAGGGUCUGCGUGUUUUUGAUAAAGAAGGCAAUGGCACAGUCAUGGGUGCUGAGCUACGUCAUGUAUUGGUUACUCUUGGUGAGAAAAUGACUGAGGAAGAAGUGGAGACUCUGUUGGCUGGCCAUGAGGAUGCUAAUGGCUGCAUCAACUAUGAAGCUUUUGUCAGGCACAUCAUGUCUGGGUGAAUGGCAGGCCAUGAGCUGGUCCGAAUGGUGAUGAACGGCUGAUAACUCUGUACCUGCAUUUUUAAGUGCCUUUUUAUUUCAACCUACUUAGAAGCCUCCUUUCUAAAAGAAUUUUCUGUUUAUAUUUAUCAACACACGUGCAGGCCCAAGAAUGGGAAUCCAAUGCAUUGAGUCCAUCUGUAGGGUGAUGGGGAGCUGAGUAGGUAGCAAGAGGGUGAACUGCUAAACCUGGAUACACUGCAGGCUUCUGCAUCUCCUCAGCAGGAAUGAAUGCAGUGGUUCUAAUUGAGGCCCUAAAAUCUUCCUUUCCCUGAAGUAAUCUUGUAGGAAGGCCAAUUUUUGGAGUAAGAAGGAUCGAUGUCUCUGAAGCUCAGUUCAUUGGCUUCUGCUUUGAUUGUGUAUGCACGCUAAUUUUCUGUAUUUCAUUGCUUUCAAAUAAAACCUCACUAUGAA